CUUCUCUUUCUUUAUUUUUCCCACAGGUCAUAUCCUGAUUCCCAAAUAACAUUAAUGGAGAACAGGACAGAGAUGACAGAGUUCAUCCUCCUAGGACUAACCAAUGCACCAGAACUGCGUGCCCCUCUGUUUAUCAUAAUCAGCCUUAUUUAUUUCACCAAUGUGAUUGGAAACUUAGGUAUGAUUGUGCUGAUUCUCUGGGACUCUCGACUCCACACUCCCAUGUAUUGUUUCCUUGCUAACCUGUCCCUGGUGGACAUCUUUUACUCCUCAGCUGUCUCUCCAACAGUUUUGGCUGGACUUCUUGUAGGAAACAUAGCUGUCUCCUACAAUGCUUGUAUCGCCCAGAUGUUCUCAUUUUCAGCCUUUGUCACCACAGAAGAUUUACUUUUGGCUGCAAUGGCUUAUGAUCGCUAUGCAGCAGUGUGCAAACCCCUGCAUUAUACCACCACCAUGACUCCAACUGUAUGUAUAUGCCUCACCAUGGCCUGCUAUGCUGGGGGUUUUCUGAAUUCCUCCAUCCACACUGGGGAUACAUUCAGGCUUUCCUUUUGUGGGUCCAAUGCAGUCCAUCACUUUUUCUGUGAUGUUCCAGCCAUCAUGACUCUCUCCUGCUCUGAUAGACAUGUUAGUGAGAUGGUGCUCAUUUAUGGAGCAGGCUUCAUUAUCUGUUCUGCACUCCUCCUGAUUUUGAUCUCCUACACAUUCAUCUUCAUCACCAUCUUCAAGAUGCGCUCAACUGCAGGAUACCAGAAGGCUAUGUCCACCUGUGUUUCUCACUUUACUGCUGUCUCCAUUUUCUAUGGGACUGUUAUUUUCAUGUACUUACAACCCACCUCCAGCCACUCCAUGGACACUGACAAAACUGUGUCUGUGUUCUACACCAUGGUCAUCCCCAUGCUGAACCCUGUGGUCUACAGCCUGAGGAACAAGGAGGUGAAAAGUGCAUUCAAGAAAGUUGUAGAGAAAGCAAAAUACUCCUUAGGAUUUUGA